CCCCUCCCAGCUUCCUGUUGCCCGAGGAGCUCUCGACCCGGCAUCCAGCAUCAUGAAGGCCUGUGUGGGUUUGGGAGGAUGGCUGCUCCUACUCGCUUCUUUGAUUUGGACGUGUUCUGGGCAAGAGCCAGUGUUGGUGGAAUGCAGCCGUUUGAAUUUUCUCGUUGUAGUUAAAAGAGCACUGUUUUACAGAGAUGAAUUGGUAGGCCCUGAUGAGUUAUUUCUGGGGACUGGCUGUCAGGCAAUUCGAGUGUGGCCGGACAAACUUGAAUUUGACUAUCCUGUUAGUCUGUGCGGAAUUACGAUGCAGGUCUUCUGUGAUGGAGCCGUCUUCCAUUCCUGGCUCACCUAUGUACCAAAGAAUCAAUCCAUUUCUGCUAAACUUCCCCUGGAGUGUACAGUUCCCAGCUCCUGUGUCUCACCUGAUGAGUCCUAUAACAACACUGAAGUGAGCAAUGGCUUCCUCCUAUCCUCACCUGUUCAACACUGGUUCUUGAUACAGUACAGAUACUGCAUGAGAUGUGGCUAUACCCACUGGAGAGAACACUGGUCCACACCUUUUUAUGGACCACACAAUUAUUCACUUCAAGAGCAUUUCUUCCAUCCUUUCACCGAUGACUUUUAGAAGCUUUUGCCCUUGGACAUUCAGCAGCAACACGGAAGUAACCCAGCCCAGUCAUGUGGCAUUUUGUUUUUAUAUAUUUACAUGUUUUUAAUUCAUUUUGUAAUCCCUUUCACGAUGCCUUUGAGAAGAGGCCAUUUGUAUUUUUAACUUUCAAUGUGGCCACAAACCCAUGAAUAAAAACUGACACAUUUUAUGGUA